AUGGUGUGGGAGAUGAUAAAGACAGGGAGGUAUGUUCUAGCAGACAUUGGUGUUUUGGGGGAUUUGGUGUGGUGGGUCUGGUUGUUACCUUUUGAGGAGCAUGAAAACAUUUUGCUUUGUAGCUCUAUAUUAAAAAUCCAUGAUGAGGCAGGGAACCCUAAGUGUGGAAUGUGUACAUAUGCGUCAUUGAAUGAAGCAGCCAAUGCCUAUUCAAUUGAACCAAACAAAGUCAUCGUCAUUGUCACCAAGUAG